AUGUAUGCCCCAAGCCGUGUCAUGAACUUUGCCGGGAUACGUGGCCUGCCGAAUGCCGACUGGUGCGAGGACCACAAGGUUGAGACUGCGCGAUCAAACAUCCUGGGUGUGAUGAACCUGGUCGAUUGUUGCUUUCUUCUUGGCAUACACAUCACUCAGUUCGGGUCAGCUUGCAUCUAUGAACACGACCUUGAUCACCCAGUCGACACCCAAUUUAAUGAAAAAGACGAGCCCUUUUACGCUGGCUCCUUCUACUCGUUUACCAGACUGAUUAGCGAAAAUGCCAUCAAGCACUAUCCAAAUCUUCUCCUUCUUCGUGUCCGAGCACCAAUCGCUGCAAACCUGGAUCCAAAUAACCUUCUUACCAAACUUUUGGAGUAUAAGAAGAUUUUGAACAUACAAGCGAUCAGUCCGCAACCUUUCACCAAUAACCAGAUCCUGUCCUUGGCCAAAAAAUACAUUCGCCCUUCGCUUUCAUGGGAGAACUUUGAGCUGGAAGACCAGAAGGCAGUACUGAAGGCUCCGCGGUGUAAUCCCAUCUUUGACACGACAAAGCUUGUCUCAAAACUUGGUGAUCUGGGCUACCGAGUGAAGGAUACGCACGAUGCUUUGGAGGACAUAGGGGCUUUCAGGCGCCAAAUACGGAAGACAAGGGAACCCGAGACGUGCCAGUUUGUCGACAUCGUUCCACCGGGUUGUGUUUCGGCGCAAUCGACAGCAAAUCAGGACGACGUCGCGUACGUGCUGCCAGAGAGGAUGAGCGCCGCCGCAGCUGCCGAAGCGGCCGUGGAGAGGCCGGCGAUGGCGACGAGCCCGCAAUUCGUCUUCUUCACCGACUUUGACGGCACGAUCACGUUGCAGGACACCAACGACUUCAUGACGGACACGCUCGGGUUCGGGCCAGCGCUGCGCAAGCAGGGCAACGAGGACGUGCUGCACGGCCGGCGCAGCUUCCGCGACUCGUUCCAAGAGAUGAUGGACUCGAUCGUGACGACGCCGUACCGCGAUUGCAUCGCGCUGCUGAAGCGGGAGAUCCGCAUCGACCCGGACUUCCAGGCCUUUUUUGACUGGGCCGAGGGCGCCAACGUGCCGAUCGUCGUGCUGAGCGGCGGCAUGCAGCCGGUCAUCCACGGACUGUUGGCACACUGGCUCGGCGAAGAAGCCGUCGCGCGGCGGCUGCAGAUCGUCAGCAACGGGGUCGAGGCCCGUCCCGGCAAGCGGCUGUACGAGGACGCCGCGGGCUGGCAGCUCGUCUACCACGACGAUAGUCCCUUUGGCCACGACAAGUCGCUCGAGAUCCGCAAGUACUCUCACCUGCCGCCGGCCGAACGGCCCACCAUCUUCUACGCCGGUGACGGCGUGUCCGACCUCUCGGCUGCCCACGAGGCCGACCUCAUGUUCGCCAAGGCCGGCCGCGACCUCGUCAGCUACUGCCAGCGCGAGAGUGUGCCGUACACCGAAUUCGACAGCUUCGCCGACAUCCACAAGACCGUCCAAGCCAUCGUUGAGGGCCGGAAGACUGUGGCUGAUGCCAUCAACAAGUCAUAG